UCUACAGAGUCCAAAACUGAAGCAAAUUCUACUUCUUCAGAUCGAAUCACACUCUCAUUUUCCGCAUUACCCUCGAAAAUGUCCAAGCGUCUGAUUCCACUUCUCAACAGAGUCUUGGUGGAGAAGGUUAUCCAUCCUUCCAAGACCACUACUGGCAUUCUCCUUCCUGAGAAAUCAUCCAAGCUCAAUUCCGGCACAGUGGUGGCCGUUGGACAAGGUGUUCGUGACAAGACAGGGAAUCUGAUUCCAGUUUCUGUUAAGGAAGGAGACACUGUACUUCUCCCUGAAUAUGGUGGUACUGAAGUGAAGCUUGGUGAUAAAGAGUACCAUCUAUACAGGGAUGAUGAUAUAUUGGGCACCCUUCAUGAUUGAUUGUUGGUUACCCAAUUUAUGGGUGAGUUAUGUAUAAGUGAUGGUAUUAUCAUCAAUAACAAUUGUUUCUUUUCUUGUUUUUGACCUAUAUUGACAAUUAACUAGCUUUUGCAACUUGGUUAGUUAUGUGAUGUAAUCCCUCCCCCUGUGAUUGAUUCAAUCAUGGUUUAUGGCAAUUGAGAACUUGUUAUCA